GCCUUCUCUCUCUCUCUCUCUCUCUUUCUAAAUAUUUAACAGUAAAACCACACCUCUCCAUCGAGAGAAAAGAAUCUCUAUUGAGCACAGUAAAACACUACCCAUCAUCAUCCUCCUCCUCUUCUUCCUCCUUAUCAGCAAAAACACAAAAUCAAGAAGUGUGAGAAAAGAAAAAAAAAAAAAAAAAGGAAAAAAAGAAUAUUUUUUUCCCUCUCUCCUGGCUUCUUGAAUCCUUCCAAUCUGCAAUUCUCUUUGUUUCUUGUUUCUCAUAUAGCAGCAACCCUAAUAAAGAAAGAAAAUAAAACCAGAGCAGAAUAGAUUUUUUAUUUGAACCAUGACCCUUGAUGACUCUUUAAGAUCUCUGUCUCUAGAUUACCUCAAUCUGCUCAUCAAUGGCCAAGCCUUCUCUGAUGUAACUUUCAGCGUAGAGGGUCGCUUAGUUCAUGCUCACAGAUGUAUUUUAGCAGCAAGAAGCCUCUUCUUUAGGAAAUUCUUUUGUGGACCCGACCCACCAUCGGGGCUAGACUCAUCCGGAUCAAGGAUAAACCCGGUGGGAUCACCGGGUUCGAGGCCAAGUGUUAUACCAGUGAACUCAGUGGGAUAUGAGGUGUUCUUGCUGCUGUUACAGUUCUUGUAUAGUGGCCAAGUCUCUAUUGUGCCUCAAAAGCAUGAGCCAAGGCCUAAUUGUGGUGAAAGAGGGUGUUGGCACACGCAUUGCACCUCAGCCGUUGAUCUUGCCCUUGACACUCUUGCUGCCGCUAGAUACUUUGGAGUUGAACAGCUUGCAUUACUCACUCAGAAGCAAUUGGCAACCAUGGUAGAGAAGUCUUCAAUUGAAGACGUCAUGAAAGUACUAAUUGCUUCAAGAAAGCAAGACAUGCACCAACUUUGGACUACUUGCUCUCAUCUAGUGGCCAAAUCAGGCCUGCCUCCUGAAGUUCUAGCUAAACACCUUCCGAUUGAUGUUGUGGCCAAAAUUGAAGAGCUACGUCUCAAAUCUUCCCUUGCUCGCAGAUCACUAAUGCCUCAUCAUCAUCACCACCACCACCACCACCACGAUCUUACUGCAGCAGCUGAUCUUGAGGACCAAAAGAUUCGAAGAAUGAGAAGGGCGUUAGACUCUUCUGAUGUUGAACUAGUGAAGCUUAUGGUUAUGGGUGAGGGCCUAAAUCUUGAUGAAGCAUUGGCUUUACAUUAUGCAGUUGAGAAUUGUAGCCGAGAAGUGGUUAAGGCCUUGCUUGAACUAGGUGCAGCCGAUGUCAACUAUCCGGCCGGGCCUGCAGGGAAAACCCCACUUCACAUUGCAGCAGAAAUGGUGUCGCCGGACAUGGUUGCCGUUCUUCUAGACCACCAUGCUGAUCCUAAUGUAAGAACCGUUGAUGGUGUGACUCCACUCGACAUUCUUCGAACCCUAACCUCUGAUUUCUUGUUUAAGGGGGCAGUCCCGGGGUUAGCUCACAUUGAGCCCAACAAGCUUAGGCUGUGUCUUGAGCUUGUCCAAUCUGCAGCUUUGGUUAUUUCACGUGAAGAAGGAAGUGUUAAUGCACCUACUUCAACUCCAAUUUAUCCACCCAUGAGCGAAGAACAUAACAGCAGCAGCAACAGUAGCAAUCUUGCUAACCUGAAUCUUGGUUCAAGAUUGGUUUACCUAAAUCUUGGAGCUACUGGUUCAGGCCAAAUGGGACCAAGAAUGGAAGGAGAUGAUGAUAAUAGCCAUAACAGCCACAGAGAUGCCAUGAGUCGGCACGAUCCAACAAUGUACCACCACUGUCGGGAGUUCUAGCUCAACUCUCCACAACAUAUAUAUAAGAAAAUAUAUAAAUCUUCUAUGUAUAAUAUAUAUAUGUCGAUGAAGGAGGAGGACAAAAGCCAAGUAAAAAAACUUCAUGAAAGCUCAAGGAGAAGGAGGUUAUUAUUAUCAUUAUUAACAUUGGAUUAUAUAUAUCCCUUUCUUGUCAGUUCUUUCUUUCACUUGCUUUCUUUUCUUUUCUUUUCCUUUAGCUGUUUUCUCUUUUUUAUUCUUUUUUUCCCCUCUCUUUCUCUCUGUUGGUUGUGGGUAUGUUUUGAUUUUUGUAGGCUUUCAAUGAUCAUUAUCAUACGAAGAAGUGCAUUCAAUGGAGAUGGGAUAUAUCUUUUCUCAUCUGAUGAGACAAGGAGAAUCUGAGCUUUUGAACUCUCUCUCUCUCUCUUGAGAUGGGUGGUGAUAUGAUCUAAGAGGAGGAGAUAGAAGAAGCAAAGAGAGAGAGUGUGAAAGAGAGACACAGGUCAAUCUUUUCAAACUCGGCCUGUCAACUCCUUUGUAUUUAUUGAUAAAUCUAAUAUCAUCACCUAUUUAUUGCUCCCUUUUA